AAGAUUUUAGUGAUUUCAUCUGAAAUAGGGAUUAAAAGGUUUAUUAGACACCCUAUAAUGUCGUCUGUUUAUUAAAUUAUUCAUUUUGACUUGUUUAAUCGUAGUCAUUUUCAGGCUUAAGACCGUGAUCAGUCUUGACUUGUUGAUCAAGGGCUUGUUAGCUGCUGAAGAGGAUUUGUGGUAAGAGACUAUCAGCUAUCGCCUCUUUCAGAUGAAUUUGAUAUUGUUCUUGCAUAUGUUUUUGUUUCAACCAAUCCGCAUUUUGGUUUGUUCUGACCGAGCUAAGUGUUUAUAUGCGGUAUGUGUAGUAAUAAUAAUAAUGUGCGGGUGAAAACCGUGAACAAUGACCAAAGUAAAUGAUAUUAUCAGCAGGAACCUUGCCGCCGCAAUCUGAAGGCUGGUGGGUGUAGUCCCCACUCCAGUCCAGCAGGUGGCGGUAAUACAGCUUAAUCACACCUCAGGGCCAAUCAACGUAAAGGGAGGGAAUAAAAACAGUGGAUAGAUGAACUGAGACGAGGAAACGAGAAGCACCAGCAGACUUCGCAGCAUGUAACCACAACUGGGCUCAGAUGAGAUAACAUCUGUGGCAAUGCUCUGAAAACCGCCAGUAUAUUGAGUCUCUUAGAACAAACUUUGAAAUCACCUUGUCUGGUAUGACAAAAUGACUAUAAUCCUUCGAUUGCAAGGCCUAGACGUGAAAGCCGGCACCGAGGACAUUCGGGCGUUCUUUGAAUGUCUUCACAUACCCGAUGGUGGAGUGUACAUUGUGGGGGGAAGUCUCGGAGAGGCCUUCAUUGCGUUCGACACAGAAAGAGAAGCACAGCUCGCCAUGCGGCACACUGGACGAUUCCUCAAAGGCUCAAAGGUGACUCUGCAUGUAAGCAGCAUGGCAGAGAUGGAGCACAAACUAAGGCUGUUGUUGGAGAAGAAGAAGAAGAAGUCGACGCAGGACAGAAAACCUCAGCCACAUCCGGAUGGAAACCUUGCAGUUUCAAAUGUGCAGCCUGCAGACACUUCACCUUCUUCCAGGUGGCCGCUGGAUCUUGAUACUGCAAAUCUACCACUUGAAAAUGCACAGCCCGUUUAUCCCACAGCUGCGAAUGUACAAACUCCAAAUGGCCAAUCUAUUGAUUCCAAUACUGCUUUUCUUCUUGGGGUUUAUACCGUCCUUCAAGGCCUGGAGUCAUCACGUCAAAGAGAAAUCAAGAAUGCGGACCCAAGACUUUGUUUGCCAACUGCUGACAGAACAGCGGUCGUGUCUGGUGCUGAGAGGACACCAGAACAAACUCUGAAUUCAAGCCCAGGCUAUGUCAGGCUAUUUGGUCUGCCAGCCUCCACUACCAAAGAGGACAUCAGUCAUUUUUUCAGUGGGUUGACUGUACAGGAAGCCAUUGUGAACGUGAAGUGGGGAGUUAAUUCUGUGUGCCUUGUGAAAUUUGCAAAUAUGCAGGAUGCACAUGUCGCGCUUCGCUUCAACAAUCAGUCACUGGGCGACAGUUGUGUGGAGGUACGUAAAGCAAGUGAGAAGAUGUGGACUAGUGCGCUACAAGAAUGUGAAAUUGCUUGUGAUGUUGGGCUAGGACUGAAACCCCAGCAAAAUCCUACGAAGGAGCACAGAAGACACAAGCAGAAAUCUAUAACUUCUCUGCAUACGAAGAGGCCAUCUGUCCGUUUACCAUCCAAACCACCGAAAACGCCUAAACUUGCCAGUUCCUCAAAACCACCAUCACCAAUUAUGGAGUACAUUGUCAUGGUCCGUAAUCUACCCAAAUCAAUAACAAAGACUGAAAUCAAAGAAUUGUUUGGAUGUCGCAACAUUUUACACAAAAAUGUACUCCAUCUGCUUGACAAAAAGGGAAACCGAACUGACACAGCCUUUCUUAUAUUUAACCACACUGAAGAUUAUGACUACGCAAUGAAUCUCACUGGCUGCCACGUGGGUUCGGAUGCCAUCGAAGUCUCUUCCAUCACAAAGGAAGUGAUGUGGGAAAAGAUGACCAAAUACCAUCACAAGAGCCACAAAGCCUUUUUAAAGACGGACCCAAGAAAGAAAUCAAAUCGAAAGCAGAAACCAGGUUCAUUUAAGUCACUUGAAGUUCUGUCAAGCAAGAAUACGGACCCAAUGCCUCAAACGUGCCUGUAUGUGCGAAACAUGCCUGCAGAUGUGCAGAAAAGUCAAAUAAAAGGCCUUUUCUGCAAUUACAAACUGGGAAUAAAGAACAUAACCUUACUGCAUGACAGUAAUGGCAGCAGCACUGGUGAAGCAGUGGUUCAGUUUAAAUCGGAAAAGCUUGCGGCAUUUGCUCAUAGGAUCCACGGAAACGUCUUCCUGGGGUCUAAGGUACUUCUUACCCGGAUAAAUGUGAAACAGAUGCAGGACAUCUUGGCAGAAAAUGUUUGAGAAAAGAAAACAUUUAUGCUCCAAUGCAAGUUUAUAUUCCAUCAAGUUCUUUUGACUUCUGUUCUGCUUUAUUGCACUAAUCUGUGUUUACAAUACUCUGCUUGUUAAAUUGCACCAUUUCAAAUAACUAUCUGGCAUGUCUUCACUCAAUGUACAUUCUGCUCACUUCCAAAUAAAUAAGUUUAAAUUGUU